CGCUCGGGGCUCCGUCGGCCUCGGCCCCCCGGCGGCGACCGCGAACCGCGAGCCGGACCGCGCCGCCCAGCCCAGCCGCCCGCCCGCCCGGCCGCGUCCCCCCGCCCGCCGCCCCGCGUCGAGCCGGCGCCCGCGGACAAUGGGGCCGCGGCGGCUCCUGCUGGUCGCCGCCGGCCUCAGCCUGUGCGGCCCCCUGCGGUCGGCCCGCACCCCUGCCGGGGAGCCAGAGUCAAAAGCAGCCAAUGUUACCGUGAAUCCCCGAUCAUUUUUCCUCAGGAAUUCUAAUGACAAUGGCUUCGAACCUUUCCCCAUGGAGGAGCAUGAGGAGAAAAACAGAACGGUGCUCCCCAGACACAGAUUAAUCCCCUUGAAUAGAAGCGAUCCCGUCCGAAAGCCGCCUCCCGCGUUCAUCUCCGAAGAUGCGUCCGGGUACCUGACCAGCCCGUGGCUCACCGUCUUUAUCCCCUCCGUGUACACCUGCGUGUUCGUGCUCAGCCUUCCUCUCAACGUGCUGGCCAUCGCCGUGUUCGUGGUGAAGAUGAAGGUGAAGAAGCCGGCCGUGGUGUACAUGCUGCACCUGGCCACGGCCGACGUGCUCUUCGUGUCCGUCCUGCCCUUCAAGGUCAGCUACUACUUCGCGGGCAGCGACUGGCGCUUCGGCUCCGCGCUGUGCAGCUUCACCACGGCCGCCUUCUACUGCAACAUGUACGCGUCCAUCAUGCUCAUGACCGUCAUCAGCAUCGACCGCUUCCUGGCCGUGGUGUACCCCAUCCGGUCCCUGUCGUGGCGCACCCUGGGCCGGGCGUCCUUCGUCUGCCUGGCCAUUUGGGCCAUGGCCAUCGCGGGAGUGGUGCCUCUUCUUCUCAAGGAACAGACCACCCAGGUCCCCGGGCUCAACAUCACCACCUGCCACGACGUGCUCAACGAAACCCUGCUCGAGGGCUUUUACGCCUAUUACUUCUCGGCCUUCUCGGCUGUCUUCUUUUUUGUGCCGUUGAUCAUUUCCACAGUCUGCUACACGUGUAUCAUCCGAUGUCUGAGCUCUUCCACAGUCGCUAGCCAGAGCAAGAAGUCCCGGGCCUUGUUCCUGUCCGCUGCUGUUUUCUGCAUCUUUAUUCUCUGCUUUGGACCCACCAACAUCCUCCUGAUCAUGCACUACUUAUUCCUGUCCCCCAGCCCCGCCACCGAGGCCGCCUACUUCGCCUACCUCCUCUGCGUCUGCGUCAGCAGCGUGAGCUGUUGCAUCGAUCCCUUGAUUUACUAUUAUGCCUCCUCCGAGUGCCAGCGGCACCUCUACAACAUCUUAUGCUGCAAGGAGAGCUCCGACCCCAACAGUUACAACAGCAGCGGGCAGCUGAUGCCCAGUAAAAUGGAUACGUGCUCCAGUCACCUGAACAACAGCAUCUACAAAAAGCUGUUGACCUAGGUCAAGGGGCUACUGAGAGGUUAAACAGAAGGGAUUACUUUACCACCUGAAGCAGUGGGGGUCUGAUAUGCACGCUUGCUUCUUACAAAAGCCAUCAAACAUAGAGACGAGUUAAUUACCAGAAGAGGUCAUAAGCACAGGAGACAAUGUUAGAAAUUCCAAGGGAGUGUCCCAGUGCCACAGUAACAGCAUGUCACCUUUUCCUAUAUCUAGGUGACUUAUAUACAUGUAUGCAUGCGCGCACACACAUAAUCAUUUAAAGUGCAUUAUGGAAUAGGCACUUGGAAACCCUCUUUCUUUCCCCGGCAAUUAUGGAAAUAAUGUCUGAUUCUGUAACUUAAUAUACAGCAUCUGAAUUGAUAGAAUUUAGCCCUGGACAUCUGCAGAUGUCCACUAGUUAGUGAAGGAUUCCAUAGUUUGGACUUUGCACACACUCUGUGAGUAGGGCUGUCUUUAAGUUGUUUGACAACAGUGCUUAAGUUAGGAAAGGCUAAAAAGACUUAGUAUUGUCUGGGUGUACAAAAGAGUUCUGGUGUGUCUCGUUUUCAAUGUAUCGAAGUUUAGAUUUGUAAGAUUAACAAAACACAUGGAAAGCCCAUCUGGUAUGGGUAGCAUUUGUUGUUGUUGUUUUACACACUGCAUAAGUGUGUCCCGGGAGGUCAUGAGGACUCUGAGCAGAAAGUACAUGGCAGAGCUGUAUGCUGACCAGGCCCUCCCUCCCUCCCAAACCUUCCAGAUGACACACUCACUCCAUGCCCCGGGGUCCCCCAAGAGGCGGGGGUGAACUGAUGCUAUCUCUUAGAAAUGGGAGGAAGUAGGAGGUGACAUUCCAGGAAGUAAGAACUGGGAAAGAUAUCCCCGCCCAGCUGAAAACAGGGAAAAUGAGACGUGUCCUAGAGCCGUCCUGUGAGACCCGGCCUCCGCCCUGGGCACUCUGCUGGGUGCCAGGCCCUCCGAGUGGAGGAAGACCCGCCCUGGUAAGAGCUAAGUCCAGAGGCAGGAAUGGGGUGGGGCAGACAUGGAAUAAAUAUGCCAUUCUUUACAGCAAGAACUGCUCUUAGCCAGAUGCAGCCACGUGUAUUUCACAUGAGCAUGAACUGGCAGCUAAAGAACUUUGAGUAUUUGGGUUUCUACUUUCUGUGGUUACUGUUGCAGAUGAAAACAUAUAGGCUGUGUUCUUUUAAAAGCAUGUCCCUUUGGUCUACAUUGGUUAGCCUUUUAUGUAUGGUUUUCAUCAAUAAAUGCCUUAAAUCAAGUUUUCUUUUAAAACAUAGGUAUGUUAAAAAAUAAAAUGGAGUCCUGUGUGCCAUUCUGGUUAGAAUAAUAGGAGACAAAGGAAUUGAUAUUGAAAGCUAAGAAAAUUCUGUGUUUUUCAUUUACUUGGCUUCAGAGUUAAUGAGAUAACUGUAAAUGCAUUUUUUUAAACCUCAAAGAAGUAUCAAGCAUAGGAAAUGCUUCACAUUUGACAAAGUAACUUGAAAACUAGAUUGGGAUAUAUCUUCUGAUUAAAGAACAUCAUGGCAUGUUAAACAAACCAAAAGAAAUAGAAAAAUUGCGAAGUGAAAUAUCUAUUUAAAGAGCAAAGUAUUUCCCAAUAGCAUAGGAUAAUUUACAUGAAAGUAAUAUAAUUGUAAAUAGAAGCUAGCACUGAUUUUAUUAGCGUGAUAGUUCCAUUUUGUCUAAAUCGGGGGAAGUUUAUGGCCCUUAUCUAGUCUACAUAUUAAAAAUACCUCUGACUUAAUAUAACUGUCAUCACUUGUUUUACUGUUUAUGUUCAUCUUUUUUUAAUGUUACUAUACCCUAUAUUAAUAAACAUGAAAAUGUGCUUGGA